GCAGUUUGGGGGUGGGUUGGUUUAGCUCCUGCCAACGCCGCACAUCUCUCCCAGGCUUCAGCUCCUUCCUGAUGUGUAACAAAAAUGGCUGAGAGUGCCGAUUGGGUGGAGAUCAUUGAGCCUCGGACCCGGGAGCGCAUGUACGUUAACCUGGUGACCGGCGAGUGUGGCUGGGACGCCCCCCAGAACGUGUGCGUCAGGCAGUCCAACGACAACCAGUGGUGGGAGCUGUUCGACCAGAACAAUAACCGCUUCUACUAUUACAACGCGCUUACUAAACAGACCGUGUGGCAUCGGCCCCAGAACUGCGAUGUGGUGCCCCUGGCAAGACUUCAGGCCAUGAAAAGGAACUCUCAGUCCGAGAGCCGGGUCCGGCUGAGUGGAGACUGCGCUCAGCUCCUGGUCAGCGGCAGCGGAGAGGGCCGUGGGUUCUCAGCCCAAGUGACGGGAGUCCAGGAUGCCGAGAGAGGAAAGAAGGCUGUUGGAGCCUUACAGGAUUCAGUGGGCAGGAAGGAGUCUGGAAGGUCCACUUCCCCUUGGCAGCCGGUUCCGGGCAGCAAGGCCGCCAUGUUGGUCAAAGUGGACAACGGAACAAGCACGGCAGUGCCUCAGCAACCUCCCAUCCCGGCCGUCAGCCUCCAAAAAUCUCCGACAGUCAAAGCCCUCGGCCACAAUCCUGCCCCCCCACCCCCCCCACCACCCCCACCGCUGGGCGGGAGCCUCCCUCUGGCCGGGAAGACCCCCUCUUCCUCUCUGGAACACAAGCCCUCGCUGCACUUGAAGAAGACGGAGAACGGGGGCUUCUGCCUGGUGCUGAGUAACUCUCCGUGUCAGACUCCACAGCCUGGCCCCGGCCUGGCUCAGCAGCCCUCCUCCCCCAAGUGCGCCUCCUCUGCCCCCAUUUACGACGAGCCCCCCAUCGAGUCGCCCAUCUACGAUGAGCCGCCCAUGGAGGUGGAUCCCGCGAGCCUGGCUCAACACCAGCCGUCACAGCAGCAGCAGCAGCAGCAGCAGCAGCAGCAGAAGGUCCCGCCUCCGCCCCUCAAACUGCUCCAGACCCCUGGCUUCCCAGGACAGCAGCAGCAACCGCCGCCGGUGGUGACCAAGCACGCGAGGAAACCAUCCAACACUGAGUACAGCCCGGCCGGCAGGGAGUACAUCAAGCACAUGGUCAACAUCGACCAGUCUUCCAAGCAGUCGCUCUCUCCCACCGGGAGCUGUGACCGGGCCACGCGGGCGUACGCAGCGGGAGGUGCCUUGACGGCGAAGGACGGCAACAAGCAGCCGUGGAAACUGCUGGAUGUGAACUCCAUCAAGAGCAUUGACGGGCAACACAGCCGCCAGAGCAGCCUCCAGUCGCAAGAGUAUCCCAUCUCGGUGGUCAGCCAGCAGGACUCGGGCUACUCCACAGGCCCCUCCCCCAGCCUGCGGAGGAGGAAGGGGAGGAGGACGAUGGCUGGACAGGCCAGGCCAGGGUCUCUGGGCAGCACCAGUGAGCUCAACGUGCUGAAUGACAAGCUCAUGGCUGAGAUGAGAGCCGUGGUGAACCGCUCGGCGGUGAUCAGGGGCAGCCGGGCCAGCCUGAACGCCGAGCUGGCCGAGACCUGUAUCCUGGCCGACAUUCACAAGAUCCGGCUGCAGUGCGAGGGGCGGCAUGUCCGGCCAUACUCCGGACGGGGUUCCCGGGACGACGUGUCGGCCAGCAAUAGGUCCCUGCACAAAACCAGCCCCGACGUCAGGGCCUCAGUCGACGGGGAACUGGCAACGCAACAGGAGGUGGCAAUCCGGCAGAAAAGGACUUUCGAGAAAGUGGAUUUCUCCUGUAAUUCGCUGGAAAAGAGCCUCACAAGUCAGAUUAGCCUGAACUCACCAGACCCAGUCCGCAACCCGCCACAGAAUAUUAGCGGCAGCCCCCAGAGUACCCCCGGAGGGCAGGCCUGCACGGUGGGCUAUCAUUUCUCCUACACUACGCUGAGGAAACCACUGCCAGAGAAGAGCAUGGCGGACUGGGCUUCCAAACACCUGAACAUGCAUACACAGGGCAUCUUCCGUCGCAGGAUCUCCAUCGCCAACAUGCUCUCCUGGGUCAACUGCUCCAUCAAGAAGCCCAUGUUGAUCACCAGCGAUCGGACCAUCAAGAAGGAGGCCUGUGAACUGUUCAAACUGGUGCAGAUGUACAUGGGGGACAGGCAGAGCCGGAUGGAGAGGGUUCCCAUCGCUUUGGUCAUCGUCACCAAGUGCUGGUCCAUGCAGGGCAUCAGGGAUGAGUUCUACAUCCAGCUGUGUAGGCAGACCACCGACAACCUAUCCUACAAGAGCUUGGCCUCUGGCUGGGAACUGAUGGCUGUCUGCCUAGCCUUCUUUUCCCCGUCUCCCAAAUUCCAGUCUUACUUGGAAGGCUAUAUCUACCGGCACACAGAUCCCAGUAAUGAUGUAAAAGUAACUCAGCGAAUCAAAGAAUUGCUGGAAGUUAAAAAUAAGAAGUUCUCCAAGUCGAGAAAGAAGAGGAAACAGAACAGUGACGAGGAGGAGGAUCUUGCCAUCAGCACGUACGCAAAGUACUGUUAUCGCAAGCUUCAGAAAGUGACAGUGACCGGAGGAAAGAAGGGCCUUAGAAAACCAACGAUUGAGGAAAUCCAUCACGCUAAAAACGCCAUUGUUACACCGUCCAUGUUUGGCAGCUCUCUGGAAGAGAUCAUGGAGAGGCAGCGGGAGAGGUACCCGGAGAGGAAGCUUCCUUGGGUACAGACUCAGCUGUCCAACAAGGUCUUAGCACUGGGCGGAGCACAGACCGAAGGCAUUUUCAGAGUGCCUGGGGACAUCGAUGAAGUCAAUGCCCUGAAAUUGCAGGUUGACCAGUGGCGGAUCCCAGAGAAUCUUGCUGACCCCCACAUACCAGCCUCGUUGCUGAAGCUAUGGUACCGGGAGCUGGAGGAGCCUCUCAUCCCACAGACCUUCUACCCGCUCUGUGUCAACAACUACGAGAACCCGGAGGCCGCCGUCGCCGUGGUGGCCUCUCUGCCCGAAAUAAACCGCCUGGUGCUGGGUUACCUCAUCCACUUCUUACAGAUUUUCGCUCAGCCGGCCAACGUGGGCAAAACCAAGAUGGACGUGAAUAACCUGGCCAUGGUCAUGGCCCCCAACUGCCUGCGCUGUCAGUCCGACGACCCGCGGAUCAUCUUUGAGAACACUCGGAAGGAGAUGUCCUUCCUCCGCCUGCUAAUCGUGCACCUGGACACCAGCUUCAUCAAAGGAGACCUGUGAGACAGUCGCUCGGACACGUGGGGUGGGGUGGAGCUACGUCUCAUUGGCAGUAAAGUGUCGCGAGAGCGUGUGUGUGCACGCGGGAGUUUGCGUGUGUGUGUGUGUGCGCGCGCGUCCCUCCUAUGUCGCUUCCUUUUCUCGUAGCAAGACAAUCAUCGCCCACAAAGCUUUGCCCUCGAACAGCAAGAUGGGACUGGAGCCACCACACCAAGCCUCGUGUCACCCCCGCGUCAUCCCCAGCAGAAAGCCCGCCGUGCGGUAACACUUCCCUCUGUGAGGACCGAAGGGUCCCGGUGCCGUGUUUGUGUGUUUGAGACAUUCGCCGCCCUGAAGAGAUUUAAUUUUUUUUGUUGAAAUUUGUUCCAUUUGGGCUCUGCGUGAGCCUCUGUCAACAGGGCUCUGUGCGAACUUCUGUCAACAGGGCUCUGUGCAAGCGCAACGGCUUGUGAACGAGCCGAGGUGGGAAGCAUCCCAACAAGCGACUGGGGUUUCAGUCCUCACUGGGUAAGGUGCGAAAAGGCUUAGAUCUCAACGCGUUGCACUUUUGGAGGGGAGGUGGGGGGGUUGCAGAAGAAAGAAAGAAAGAAAGAAGAGUUUUACAAGAUUCCUGACCCAACUUUUUGGCAGGACUGGACGCGGAGUGUCACCAUGGAAACUGGAAAAUGUCAAUCUUUGUCUCAGUGAGCGAGCGCAGCCACCACUUUCUGUUCAACGUUUCAUGUUGUGUUUUUUUUUGUUUGUUUGUGUUAUUUAAAGAAAAGCAAGGCGAGCCCAUGGUUUUAAGUUUGGUUUAAAAAAAAUUAUUGGGUGACAAAUAACCCUUGAGGGAGUGGGAGAAGGUAUUAACAAUCUUCCAGUGGCUCAAACACUCCCUGAGCAGGUGAACGAGAGACGCAACUUGCAUUCCAAGUUACACGACAGAGCGCGGUGCUAACACUGGACUCUUAACUCAUGGGUUUGUUUGUCUUUUGAUCGAUCUGUGAAGUGCCCUGUGAUGUGAGGGCACACUGUAGCGCUCUUUAAAUCAAAGAGCUUUUGCUUUUCAAGUCUACAGAUACCAUAUUUGCUUUUUUGACAUGUCUCAACGACGUAAUAAGGUGCUAUAUCAAAUGCAAGGAAU